GCCCGAGCGAGCUAUAAAACCGCCUUGAUCGAACACUCACUCCAUCGAAACCGUAAGCACUCCUGCACACGCACGCCCCGCAUCCGGAGAGCACCGAGAAAGCAACAAAGCCGCCAAAGGGCUGUGCACAACUGCACAUGGGGAUGGCAGCCGAAACGCCGUCGACGGACGCCGUACCGCCGCGGCCUGCUGGCAAGGCGUGGGAGUGGGAAGGGCGGGUGGUCUCGCCAGUGCCGGCGGCGACUGCGGACGAGGCGUGGGCGCUGCUUUCCGACUUCCUGGCGUUCCACCGCUGGCACCCGCGCGUGGCCGUCUGCCGCCUCGCUGCGCAGCCGGACGCGCCCUCGUCCGGCGGCUCCGGCACCGGCGGGCGCGUGGUGCGGUACUGCGAGGGCACCCCGCGCGACGACGGGCUGCCGGCCGACUGGGCGCACGAGACGCUCCUGGAGCACGACGCGGCCAGGCGAUUCUUCCGCUACGAGAUGAACGACAACAACAUGGGCUUCGGCAUCUUCUUCGCCGCCUUCCGCGUCGUCGCUCUCGGCGCGGCCGCUGACGGCGCCGGGACCGCGGGGUGCGAGCUAAGGUGGGAGUUCGAGUGCGAGCCCGUGCGCGGCACGGCGAGGGAGGCGCUCGUGGCCAGGCUGCAGGCCGGGCUCGACGGCAUGGCCGCGCGCGUGCAGGAGCACGUCAUGUCCGCGCGCGCCGCCGCCGCCGUGGAGGCUGCCCCCACGACGUCCCUGCAGCAGGCGGCUUCUGGUCUGGAGGCCGCCGAUGGGCUCAAGCUCGACAACUCCAUCGCCGUCUGAAGUGAACCUAACCCUCGCUCGUUGCCUCCAUGUAUGCCUGAUCGUCUCGUUUCUUCCUCGCACUCAAGUUGCAUCUUCUCCCCCCGCAAAAACAAAAGUUUAAUGUUCUCGAUCGAUGAAUCGGAGAUAUUUCCUUCUGGGCUUAUUAUCAAGCAUGUGUACGUACGUAGCCGUGUGCAGGCGCGGUCGGGUUGUACACCGUCCGGUGCUGUACCAGUUCCGGGAGUGAACGUACGGUGCCUGUAAUAUAUGGAAGUCAGUGCAUGGCCAGAUUUGCCCCUUUUUAAAGACCGGUUAAGUCGAUC